CAAUCUAUAGAAUCAAUGUAUAAUCUAUAGAAUCAAUAUACAGUCUAUAGAAUCAAUGUAUAAUCUAUAGGAUCGAUUUAUAGUCUAUAGGAUAAAUAGAAUUUAUAAGAGGCUCUAACAGAAAAAAACAGCUUUAAAACCUCAUAUAAGGAAUAUCCUCCGCACCUUUGCAUGCGUUUAGCUGCGCUGCUUUGACUUUCAGGCGUUCGCAUGGUGGGCUCAUCUGAACAAGGAAGAGAAGAUGGCCGUAGCUCACCUACCGUGCGUCUCCCUGAAAUGCACAUCGAUGGUGAUGGACACGGUGAACUUUAGCAUUGACUAUUUGUCAGCCUUCAUCCCCAACGCGUUUAAAAGUUCCUACACGAGCACGGUCUCGGAAGGUCUUCUAGAAUUAAAAGCUCCGACGAAAAAGACGGCGUCCUCCAACUCUGAAGAUCAGACUUCGCAAUCCAACUGCAAAGCGGACAGAAAGAGGUCUCAGGGGGUCUGCAGACGCUCAGACGUACAUCUCACCAUGCAGUACGUGGGAAUGGGCUUAUCCGGGACCCGCGAGAUGAUCAAACCAAGAGACGAGGUGGGGAUGUUCCAGCAGAUCUGCGGAGGAGAGAAUAUCUGUGUGUAUAAGGGCUACCUGAGCCCAGGAGAGACUUUCCAGUUUGUGUCCAGACGUCAUUUUGGUUUCCCGUUCAGCGCCAGCGUAUACGUUAAUGGACUGAUAGCCGCUCGGAUGAGCUCGUGUUGUGAAUACAGAUACCACGAAGGCUUUCAGCAGGGGAAACGGGGCUGCUUCCGGAUUAUCCAGCUCAGAGGAGGGAAGCCGUGCUACAGGUGUAUAGAUCUCCUCAAUCAGAAACAUUUUCGAAUAAAAUCAGAAAAGGAUCAGAUAAAAAGCAAAACAUGCGAGGAGUCUGCCAGCAGAAAAGACAACGGUACGUACACGGCCCUCGAGAAGAACCUCGAGACUCCAGAUAUGGAUGCUGAUUCGUACCCUGAAACGAAGAGGCAGGAGACGGGGAUAAAGCCCGGGACUCUGGGAAGAUUACCACCCAUGCCAAAGGGGCAACAGGUAUCUUCAACCAAAUGGAGAAGGCGGCUAAAGAAGAAACGGCCACCAAAGGAACAGUCCGACUCGGAACAGGAGAAUUUACGCCUUAAGGAUGAAAGAGGACGUCGGAAACCUAAAUCAAAUCAACCAGAUAUGGGAGAUGAUCCUCCGAGGAACUCAGCAGUAGCUACCAGUUAUUCCACUAAACUGAUGGCUGCUUUGGCCAAAGAGACCCCCUUGUGUUCUGAAGUGGAACUGAGUGAUUCCAGUGACAGCAGCGGAAGCCGAAGCGUUGCAGAAACCUACGAUCCUCCUGGUGAUGUAGAUGAAGCACACAAUGCAAUGCCAAUGGUUGACCUCCAGGAGGCAGCACAGACUCAGAACGGAGAGGAGAGCGAAACCGAAUUGCAAAUUCCUGAGACUGGUUCGGGGAAAGCCGAGGAAGAUGGGAAUGCUCUUCUUAGCCAGAUCACAGACCUGAUCUCUGUGCUUCAUGAGUGCGACGAGGUGGACGAGUUGGUCCUUAGGAAUACCGGUAUGACAGACGCCCUGCUGAAAAGUCUCGUUACGGCUAUAGAAACCAGCAGGUCCCAGGUGGAGAAGAUAAACCUUAAUUUGAACGAGAUUGGGCCAGCUGGCGCGGAAACGAUUGUCCACCUUCUGGAGGAGAAACCUUGUGUCAAAAGUCUCCUAUUAUACGGGAACCAGCUAGGAAUCGAUGGGAUAAAAUUACUUAUGCGCGGCCUAUCAGAGCUACACGUGUCUACCCGGGGAAUGGAGAAACCAUCUUCCGAUAUAUCUCGAGUAAGACCGCUUGCGAUUUCUGAACUGGACAUAGGAGGCAACCAGAUAGGUGCACAAGGUCUUCUGUCUGUUGCAUCUUUUCUUCGGCUUAACCCACCUCUUAAGUACCUGGGCCUGGCGCAAAGCAACGUCAACAGCUUGGAUGCAUGGAAAGAACUAUUUGGGGCGUUAAUUGUCAAUUCCAAUCUAACCCACGUGCUUCUGGAUGAAAACUCUCUGGGUGAUGGAGGCGUCUAUGCCCUAGCGGAGGCGCUACGGUUCAACAGAAGCUUGCUCAUGGUUGACCUCGACAGCAACGACAUAGGAGAAGCAGGCGGAGAGGCUCUUGUGCGAAGCUUGACGACCGAUCACGGCAGCGCCGUUAAACACAUAAGCCUGGAUGACAACCUUAUGAGCGAAGAGACUGUAGACAAAAUACAGACGCUACUGAAACAUAAAGACAAUCACUAUAUUGGAUGAGGUGCUGCCUAAUCAAAGGGCAACCAUCUCCUACUGUUAUUA